CGUCGUCGUCGUCGUCAGAGCGCCGUCGUGCGCGCGGCUGUUCGGCGACCGUAGCGGCCGAAAUCGUGGCGUGCCGUUGCUUUACGGCUCGCUGUUCGUCGUACUCAUUGCACCCGAGACCUAACCUCCUCCGCGCGCGUCACUACGUGUUCUAUUCUACGUGCGUGCGAAUCGAGUGCGAGAGAAUCGAUCGAUCGGCGACACGGCGGGCUACCCUGAGGCGACCGGUACAUAAUUCACAGUGAUUUGCGUUAAGAUAACGCGCCGCCGCGAACUUCCUACCGCGCCGUGCCGUGCCGUUUUCUCGUUGGUUGUAUUAUCAAAUCACCGAGAGUCCCGGCCGCCGGCUGUCGAGAGAGAAAGAGAGUGAGCGAGAAAGAAAGAGAGUUACGCGCCUUCGCGACACGAGAUAAGAGACGAGAGAGAUCGAUUUAUGAAUUGACGACGACGACGACGACGCCGUCGUGGAGGAUUCGUGGGUAGUCGCGAUCACGCUUCGGAAUCAAGGUUUCCCGAUGGAGAGUUCCGGCGGCGAUAAGCAGAACGAGUCGGACGAGUGCGACGUGAACAGCGACAAUAGGAAGCGGGAUGACGACACGACCGGCCAAAAGAAUGUCGAGCGAAAGAUGAAAGCGGAGGACGAGCGGGAGACCCCACGAAAGAAGAACGCAAAUGCGGACAAGCUGGAGAUCAGCGCGGAGGGCAAGAUGAAGGGGCUGAAGACGAUGUCGUCGGCCGACGACGAGGAGGUCGACGAGGAGGACGAGAAGAGCAAGGCAUUUGUGGACGAGGAGGAGCGCAAGGAGGAGACGCGGGCCGCCGGGAAGAAAGAGGAAGAGUCAUCCAGCGACACCACGUCCACCAGCACCUCUGACGACGAGUCUGAGACGAGCUCGGAGGACAAAACCGAGCCGUCCAAGCCGACGGAGAACACGACGACGACCACGACGACGACGACGACGACGGCGCAAGCGGAAAAGACGAAGGAGGAGUCGAAGGACAACAAGAACGAAGAUACCACGGAUGACAGCGACAUCGAGGACGAUCUGGUCUCGGCGAUCAAUUACAACACCAUCACUUCCUUGGCUGCGCUCAAGGACAUGCUGCAGUCCUCUGGCGAGGCCUCGGACGGCGUGGACAGUUUCUUCCAGCAUUAUUUUCUGUCGCACGUCAACAGACUGCCGUCGCGAAACCAGACACACAGCCCGUAUCCUUGGGGUAGGAGGCUGUCGGAGUGCCGAGAGGAGGACGAGUACGAGACCGAGGAAGGGAGAAACAUCGAUAGCCCGAGCGUCGACAACAAGAAGGACGUGACAAAGACGCAGGUCGCCGAGAAGGCCGAGAGCAAGGCCGACAGCGUGUCCUCCAAGACGUCGAAAGCCUCGAGCCCGUCGUCCUCGGAGAACUCCAGCUCGGAGAGGAUCGACGAGAAGUCUAUGCCAACAUCCAGCGUCUCGGAAGUGAAACCACCGUCACCGUCAUCCACGAUGACAGUGACGACAGCGUCUUCGACGAACACAACCUCCGCAACAACGACUGUCGCGACGUCCACGUCGACAGCAACAUCCUCUGGCAGAUUCACUACGUCGACAGUGACGUCGCCGACUUCCGCGACGAAGCCUCCCCUGAGAAGAAGGCACACCACCGGUCCGGGCAUGACCUUCCCCGCUACCGAUCCUCCGACCUAUUCCACCAGCAUGACUUUCUCGAGGACCAGUCCGUUGCCGAGUCCUCAUCUUGAUAAGAGAUUCUUCGACAGUAGCUUGAUUGAGAUGAAGAGCCAGGCGAGUAGCAGCAGCACUCUCGACUACGACUCCACGGAGGAGGUGUGGGUGCGCCGGAUCGACUUCGUGCAGGAGAGGAAACGCCGGGAACUUGGCUCGCAACCGCUUCCGACGAUUGUCACAGAAGAUGCGGAUAAUUCGAACCAUGGUUCUCAAGGGCAUAGACCACGGGCAGAUACGUGGGGUUCACACUCGAAGACCAUCAGAAAAUCGUCCUAUGGUAGCGCACCCAGUUCUGGAAAAUCGACGCCUCUUCCGCAGCCAGCAGAACCGUCGAGCUCGUCGAGUUCCGGCAAGGGCGGCCGAAAGGCUUCCGGCACUCGGUCCGGUUCAACCAGUCGCAGUAACAGUCGCAGUAAUAGCGCGGAACGUAGAAGAAGCGGCGGCGGUGCCGAUGACACUGCCAGCCCUACUAGGAAACCGGCGCUCUUUGACGCUUUUAGACCGAGGAGCAAGUCGGACGCUAGCAAGAGAAAACCCAGUAUUAUAGCUAAUAUGAAAAGUGCCGUUCAGCAUUCCUUGCACAGAGGAUCACAUGGGAGCUCGUCGGUGGAUGUACAUAUAGAAAAGGAGCAUCACAAGGAAAGUCAGAAGGAACAAAAAGAUAGUAAGGAUUACCAGAGCGGCCGGCCCAGAGCUGGAUCCGAAAGCAGCAGGAAUCCUGUGAGCAAAGUCAUGGAUCUCAUUAGGCACAGGAGCCACAGUGCCUUGAGUGCGGAGGACAAGCGAAAAGCAAGAGCGGCGGCGCAGCAUCAGGCACAAGCAGCGCCACAGGGUGCAAUCCGAAGGGGCUCAUUGGAUCCCACUCGAAGAUUAUCCCUCGGAACACCCGCUAUACCUCACCGAGCGUCGGAUGCUUGCCUGGAUCCGGUUCACGCUGCCAUACUCUUCAGGGAUGCGCGCGGUCUGCCGGUGGUGGAUCCCUUCCUGGAGAAAGUCUCGCUCUCUGAUCUCGAGGAGGACGAGUCGCAGAUCUUCGUUAAGUUCUUCAAAUUUCACAAAUGCUACGACCUAAUACCGACCAGCGCGAAACUAGUCGUCUUCGACACACACCUACUAGUUAAAAAGGCCUUCUUCGCUCUCGUCUAUAAUGGUGUGAGGGCCGCGCCGUUAUGGGACAGCUCUCGGCAACAGUUUGUGGGCAUGCUGACUAUAACGGAUUUUAUAAAGAUACUUCAGAUGUAUUAUACCAGUCCGUCAGUGACAAUGGAUGAGUUGGAGGAGCAUGAGCUGGAUACAUGGAGAAAAGUCCUGAAGGAUCAAGUUCGCCCUCUUGUAAGCAUUGGGCCGGACGCGUCGCUAUACGAAGCCAUCAGGACCUUAAUACAAAACAGAAUCCACCGAUUGCCUGUGAUAGACCCCGAUACCGGAAACGUCCUUUAUAUCUUGACACAUAAACGAAUACUUAGGUUCCUUUUCCUAUAUAUCCACGAGUUACCAAAACCAUCUUUCACCAAUAAAACGCUGAGGGAGUUGAGGAUAGGCACUUUCGAGAACAUAGAGACAGCUACGGAAGAAACUAGCAUAAUUUUAGCGCUCAAAAAAUUUGUAGAAAGGAGAGUCUCGGCGUUACCGAUUGUCGACACUGAUGGAAAACUAGUGAACAUUUAUUCGAAGUUUGAUGUUAUUAAUUUAGCUGCGGAAAAAACUUACAAUAAUCUAGACGUUUCAUUGCGUGAGGCAAACGAACAUCGCAAUGAAUGGUUCGAAGGCGUCCAGAGUUGCAAGUUGGAUGAGACGCUGUUCACUAUAAUGGAAAGGAUCGUCAGAGCGGAGGUCCAUAGGCUAGUAGUGAUCGACGAUGACGACAAAGUAAUCGGUAUAAUAUCCCUCUCUGAUCUGCUCUUCUACCUCGUUCUUAGGCCUUGUGGUGAAGAUGGCAGUAGCAAUAAAGGUAGCUCUAUAUCCUUGCGGGCGCAAGAUACCGCGCUGUCGAAGGCCCCCAGCUCCGCGCAAUCGGAAGCGUCGUUCACCGGCGACGGUGAGACUGAGCAGGACGCCGCGGAGGGCAAUCGGUGCGAAGAGGCGCCCGCCACACCUAGUCCACCGUUGAGCCCCGCCGCAUCGGACAUCUCGGAGCCUCAGUCGACGUUAGUCAGUCAAGCUACUCAGGAACCAACGUGGCGGGAAGUAACCGUGUCGGGCGGCGAAUGAGAUGCCGCGGUAUCCACGUGCCACCAUGCACGCGUUGUCUCAUUACCGAGGAAGAGGAAUCGGUGCUGUUGCUUCAGCCGCGGUGUGCCGCGUCACAAAUACCAGCGCCGGAUAAAUAGAGCAUAACCAACGCGUAUUUCUACAUCCUUGUUGUUAUCGCUCGCGCUCUUUUCUCCGCGACUAAAGCGAGACAGGUCGAUCGGCGAGUCACGUUCGCGCAGGGAGACACCCGCGUUUCAUUGAAUCAAUUGGACGCGCGACCGCAGUAACUCGCGGAGAGAUCUCUGUCGGACGCGCGCGACGUACGAUAAAAAACGCGAUGCUGUAUAGUGUAUAAAAUCAUUUAAGCUUAAUUUUUUAUGGUACAAAUGCUAUUCAGCAUAGACGUUCGAGCUUUUCGCCAGGGACGGCAGUUACGCUAUUGUUUGCUCAGAAUAACGAUUUUCCCACGCCCCUCUACAAUCGAGCACUGGAAAAGAGAAAAAAAAAUAAGACGAAUGACUCGGACGUUAUUGGACGAGUUUGCUGAAAGAUGCCAAAUCGCAGUGACGCAAUGCAUGAAGUCCUGUCUUGAUUGUGGUUAUAUCUUCUUUAUACAGAUUAUGUUUUAUGCAUAUUUCGAAUCGGAGAAUCUGUAAAUAUUCAUUAUAAUCUUAAGUAACAACUUAUGUCAAGAUCAUGAAAAACAAAUCAGCUGUAUCGAAGAACGUUGCACGUUCGCAAAAUGUGAACUUAAUUUCGUUGUAAGAGGCUUCUCCCGUUUCUUUUGACCAUAAUACAUGCCGCCGAUUUAAUUGUC